AUGGCAGACGUGCAAGACACUAACAAAGUAGUGUAGGAAAAUACUCAACAAGAAGAAGUCAAGAAGGAUCAAAAUUGGGCUGAAAUGGAAAGUGAUGAUGAAGAUCAAAACGAGGAGAUUGGAGUCCAAGGUAGUGAAGCUGAAUAAAACGAGAAGAAGAAAAACUGGAAGAAGAUCUAAGAGGAGAAAAAGGCUCAAGAAGAGGAGAGAAAGAAAAAAAUGCCACCCCCUCAAAACAGAACUAAAACUGAUAGAGGUGACUAUGUUGUAACAGGAUUCUCUAUUCCAGAUAGAGCUGCUUAAAAUGAAAAGAAGCAAGAGAAACAAGGAGGAAAGAGAAAAAAUAUGGGAGCAUUCCAAAUCGAUUCUGAUGAGGAAGAAGAAGAACAGAAAGAAGAAGAGGAGCCAACUCAACAAGAAGAAACUAAACAAGAGACUGCUCAAUAAUCCAAAGAUUAAUAAAAGGGUUAGAAGAAAGCAUUAUCAAAGAAGGAAUAAAAGAAGAAGGAGUUAGAGGAAUUAGAGUAAUUAUUAGGAAGCAUCCCAGCUGCAACUGAGGAGAAGAAAGUCGAGGAAAAGAAGGAACAACCAGCUGGCACAGAUGCCGCUGCAGAAUCUAAAAAGAAGAAGAAGAAUAAGAAGAAGAAGGCAGCUGAGCAAGCUACUGAUGCUGCUACUAAGACUGAGGAAGUUAAGUAAGAAGAGACAAAGGAGCUUACUGCUGAACAAAAAGAAGCUGCUAUUAAAGAAGCUCUCAAAAAGAGAGGUGGUGUUUAACAACAAACCAAGAACAAGGCAGACCAACUUGCACAACUUGCCAAAAUAGAGAAAGCUGAGAGAAAGCAAAAGACAAAGAACAAGCUCGACAAGAACGAUCUCGACAGAUGA